AUGGUCCAAGACAACUUAAGGAAAAUGGAGGAAGAGAUCCAGAAAGCAGAGGUGAUUAAAAUUGGAGCACAGGGUGCAUGGACACGAUGGAAGGCAACUAAAAGACGUCAUACAUGGUCAAGCAUCUUGAAGUGGGAAUCGUGUAGAAUCCAGUUCCUUAUGCGGAAACCUGGUCUAUGCAUUGUCAUCGUGCAACACUGCUAUGACCCAGGGGAGAUAUACAUGCAGCACAACAAGGUUCUGCGGGAGCUAGCAGACACGUUGGAGAAGGCAAAGCAAACAGAGAUGGUCUAUGGCCGUUGUGGCUGCACUCACCUGGGCAAGGCCCAGAUUAUGGGCCAGUUGACCAUGUUCGUGCUACUCAUAACGGGGCCAUCAAGCUUUGCUUUCGAGUGUGACAAAGAAGCUACGGUGUGUAGGACGUCCUUGGUUAUAGAUCGUAGAAUUACGAUGACACAAAAGGUCCACAGAAAAAAUCACCUUCAUCAACACAAAUUACAUCGCCACUACGUGGACAAUCCUGAAAACGCAGCUGAAAUCCCACAGGACGGUAUUAUAACUGGCGACGGAUAUGAACCAGGGCGACUCGUCGUGGUUGCCAAUGACAGCAUGCCUGGCCCUCCAAUCAUCGUCUACGUCGGCCAGCGACUCAUAAUUGAUGUUAUAAAUCACCUUCCAUCUGAUACAGUGACUAUACAUUGGCAUGGCCUGUCCCAGCACGGGACGCCAUGGAUGGACGGUGUCCCUUUCAUCACCCAGUGCCCAAUUCUCUCUGGCCAGUCGUUCACCUACAACUUCAUUGCUGAACCUAAGGGAACCUAUUGGUAUCAUGCACAUACCGGGUCUAUGAGAUCAAAUGGACUAAACGGAGCAUUCGUUAUAAGAGAACCGCAUGAAACUAUACCCGAACAUAUCAUGGUCGUUCAGGGGUUCAACCACAAUCGAAGUUCAGAUUUGGACUUCAAGAAAAUGGAAAUGGGUCACUUUGCAAAACAUCAUCCGAUGCCGACAGCGGAAUCAGUAGAUGGUGGGGUCUUAAGUCAUUUCCCCCUGACUUCGGCACUUAUAAAUGGCAAAGGACGGUUCUAUCCUAAUUUAACGUCAGAAGAACACAACCAAGCUCCACUGACUCUUUAUGACGCACAGUUCGGAAACAAAUAUCGAUUCCGUGUUGUCAAUGUUGGUGCUAUGUACCCUUUCCGCAUCUCUAUCGACAAUCAUGACCUGACUUUGACUGCAUCUGAUGGGUUUGACUUCAAACCUGUAGUGGCUGAAUCAUUCAUAAUCAAUCCGGGAGAAAGAUACGAUUUCUUCAUCGUAGCAGAACAGCCUGUAGCGAACUACUGGAUACGCGCUGAAACUAUUGAACACCCGAUCCCACACAAGGCGAGGGCAAAUUUACGUUAUAGCGGGGCAGCGGAUGAGGACCCGACCACUUCCAGGAAGAUGUGUACUUCUACUAACCGGUGUCUAGUUGUAAACUGCCCUUUUUCGUAUUUCCCAGCAGGCUCCUUCACAGACUGUAUGCGAUUCGACCAGUUACGGUCUCUACUCGACAAUGACCCUGCACCGGUACCGACCGGCGACCAGUCGCUGGUCGAGCACUUCCUCAACUUUGCAUUUCCAGGAAAAGACUACUUCCCCUCGUCGAUUAAUGGAAGACAAUUUAGGUUUCCUAAAGUCUGUGCUCUGACCCAGCCCUAUGAGAUAGACACAUCUUGUGACGAUCAGGAUUGUGGUUCGGAUAAACUAUGUCAGUGUUCGCACUCACUCAACCUGAAUCACAACGACGUCGUGCAACUCGUCAUCCUCAACAUGGGAGUAGGAACGGGAUGGUCCCAUCCCGUCCAUCUUCAUGGCUACACGUUUUAUGUCCUGAAAAUGGGUUAUGCUACAUACAACGAGACAACGGCUAGAUUUAUAUCACAAAAUCCUGAUAUUAACUGCCGUGGAAACUUCUGCAAUGAUGCUACAUGGAGCGACCCGAGCUGGCUCGCGGAUGACGUCCCUGGGUUGGAACUCUCCAACCCACCUCGAAAGGAUACACUUAUCAUACCUAGCGGUGGGUAUGCAGUCAUCAGAAUCAAGGCCGAUAAUCCGGGAAUAUGGCUCUUGCAUUGUCAUAUAGAGCUACAUGCCAACAAUGGAAUGAUGAUGUUCAUCAACAACUCGUAUGGAAUGCAUCCGCCCCCUCCGGACGGAUUUCCUAUCUGCCACAGCUUUCCAUCUGCAUACCGUUCUCACAAAUAUGCUAGCGAUAGCGGCAAUGCCACAACUCAAGCGCCUGUGACCAAGAUCACUACACAGAUCAAUGAGAUCGAAGUGUGCAAAGAAGACGGAUGCGGAACGAAGGCAAUUUUGAUCGGUAUGGCUAUCGUGGUUGUGGUACUGCUUCCUCUACUGGGGUACAUCAUACACCUUCGGAAGCUGGUCAGAGUCCUGGAAGAAUGGAAGACGUCGACUGGGGAAACAAAAGGGAUUUACAACCCUUUGUUCACGAAAUAUUGA